AGCUCCAGCUCCAGCCGACGAUCGCAGCCGAAACCCUAGCUCCGGGAACAGAGGAUGAGACCCACGGCGACGGGACCGGGCGGCGGCGUGGUGAGGCGGAAGGCGGGGGCCGCCGCCGCGGCGGCGGCGGCGAGCCGGGAGUGGCUGGUGGUGCCGGCGUCGGGGCGGGCGCGGGUCGAGGAGGCCGGGAAGCACGCGGUGAUGGCGCGGACGGGGCUGCCGGCGCGCGACCUGAGGGUGCUCGACCCGCUGCUGUCCUACCCGUCCACGAUCCUGGGCCGCGAGCGCGCCAUCGUCGUCAACCUGGAGCGCGUCAAGGCCGUCAUCACCGCCGCCGAGGUGCUGCUCCCUAACUCCAAGGACCCCGACUUCGCGCGCUUCGUCCGCGACCUCCAGGCCCGCGUGCUCGCUUACUCCGCGGACCAGGCUGCAGAGUUUACUGAUAUGGAUGGUGAAUCAUCUGCAAUUGCUUCACCAUUUCCUGCUCCUAGUUCAUCUAAAGGACAUGAACUGGAGAUGGCUAAGAGGACUCCUAAUGCGGUGGGUGAAAUGACUCAUAGCAGCAGUGUGCCCACAUUGACUGCUAUGAAAGAUGGAAGCACCAAGGUUUUACCCUUUGAAUUCCGUGCGCUUGAAGUGUGUCUCGAGUCAGCUUGUAGAUCUCUGGAAGAGGAGACUGUGACUCUGGAGAAAGAGGCAUAUCCAGCAUUGGAUGAGCUAACUUCAAAGAUCAGUACCCUGAAUCUUGAGCGAGUUAGGCAAAUUAAGAGCCGGCUGGUGGCAAUCUCUGGACGCGUGCAGAAGGUGAGGGAUGAGCUUGAGCAUCUAUUGGACGAUGAAAUGGAUAUGGCUGAAAUGUACUUGACAGAAAAACUUGCUCGAGAAGAUAUCAGUGAGACAUCAUCUAGAGUUGAGGUUGAUGAUCAUGAUCAUGACCCGUCUCAGUUGGAGGAGGAUAUGGAUGAGGAUUAUAGAAGCGAGCCAGCUGGAACUGCAAGCAAUGGUAGCUUUAUUGGUUAUAAGCCCAACAUUGAAGAACUGGAGAUGCUUUUAGAGGCCUAUUUUGUGCAAAUUGAUGGUACACUAAAUAAGCUUUCACAUCUGAGGGAGUAUGUCGAUGACACCGAGGAUUACAUCAACAUAAUGUUGGACGACAAGCAAAAUCAGCUUCUACAGAUGGGGGUCAUGCUCUCGACCGCGACGGUUGUCAUUACUGCCGGAGUGGCUGUCGUUGGUCUUUUCGGGAUGAACAUUGGUAUAUCACUUUACACCCCCGCCGUCCUCGACCGGUACAGCGGCCGCUACCCGACGGCCGGGGUGGCCGCGGUGGACCGCCCCUUCUCCGUCGACUACGCCUGGUGCACGCAGGGGUCGGGGGACCUGCUCAUGCUCGCCCACCCGCUCCACCUCCGGCUGCUCUCCAAGGACAGCCGCGUCCGGGUGCUCGAGGACUUCAGGUACCGCAGCAUCGACGGCGACCUGGUCGGCGUCGUCGGCGAUGCCUGGGCUCUGAGGACCGACCCGGUGUUCCCUACCUGGCAUUCCACCCGGGGCAUCAGCGAGGACGGCGUGCCCGAGAUCGUGGCCGCGCUGCGCAAGGACGUGGAUGACCUCGCCUCCAGCCGCAUCACGACCACCUCGUCCUACUUCUACGGCAAGGCGGUCGCCAGGGCGGCGAGGCUGGCGUUGAUCGCCGAGGAGGUCGGGUGCCCCGACGUCAUCCCGGCGGUGCACCGGUUCCUGAAUGCCACCGUCACGCCCUGGCUGGACGGCAGCUUCGAGGGCAAUGGCUUCCUGUACGAUCCCAAGUGGGGCGGCCUCGUCACCCGGCAGGGAAUGAUGGACACCGGCGCCGACUUCGGCUUCGGGAUCUACAACGACCACCACUACCACCUGGGCUACUUCGUGUACGCCAUUGCUGUGCUCGCCAAGAUCGACCCGGCCUGGGGGCGCGAGUACAUGCCGCAGGCCUGCUCCAUGGUCGCCGAUUUCAUGACACUGUCGCGAGGAGCCGGCGCGAGCUACACCAGGCUGAGGACGUUCGAUCUCUGGAAGCUGCAUUCCUGGGCCGGAGGCCUGACGGAGUUCGGCGACGGGCGCAACCAGGAGAGCACCAGCGAGGCCGUCAACGCCUACUACUCCGCCGCGCUCCUCGGGCUCAGCUACGGGGACAAGCCACUCGUCUCCACCGCGGCGACGCUCACCGCUCUCGAGAUGCUGGCGGCGCAGACAUGGUGGCACAUCCGGGAGGGCGACGCGAUCUACGAGGACGACUUCACCGGCAACAACCGCCUCGUCGGCGUCGUGUGGGCCAACAAGAGGGACAGCGGCCUCUGGUUCGCGCCGCCGGAGUGGAAGGAGUGCAGGCUGGGCAUCCAGCUCCUGCCGAUCGUGCCCAUCAGCGAGGCCCUCUUCCCGGACGCCGGGUUCGUCAAGGAGCUGGUGAGCUGGACCGCGCCGGCGUUGGCCAGGGACGGCGUCGGCGACGGGUGGAAGGGGUUCGUGUACGCCUUGGAGGGGGUCUACGACAAGGAGUCGGCGCUGGCCAAGACGAGGGCGCUGGCGUCGCACGACGACGGCAACACGCUGACCAACCUGCUGUGGUGGCUCCACAGCCGCGGCUCGCCGGGCGCGGACGCUGCUGCUGCUGGUGGUAUCGCCGGUGCGGCCGCCGUUGAUGCUGCUGGUGGUACUGCUCAUGGAAUGCUCUUGGAUAUGCUCGCGGCGGAAGAAUCUCUGUCUUCAGCGUGAGAGUUUUUGGUUUGUUGAGUCUUGACUCUUGAGAGGAUGAGAAGAUAGUCCGAUUAGUUCGUGGUGCUUUGGAUAUCACGAUCUUGGCAUUUCGUACUGCUUUUUUGCAAGAGUAAAUCGUCAAAUAUUUGUUGCUAGUUA